CUGCAGUAUAGCCAUAUACUAUCAAUUUCAACUUAUCAACCGCUGUACAUCAACGUAUAAAAGACACAAGUUCCAGAUUCAACACAUUGCAUCAAAUCAAAAGUAAAUUUGUACAAUAAUAUCCUUCCAGUAUGACACGGGCAUCUUCUACUCCUUUGCCAUCAGGCACAGCCUUCCAGUCACAGAACUCAGCUAUACCAACGAUUUGUGUAGGCAUACCGAGCAUUCUACCUGUCGAAACAUCAAAAUCUCACAAUAAGUUUUCUAAAACCACACAAGACUCGGGCACAAUAGAAAGCGGAAGUGAGAACCCGUUGUUGAAAUGCGACAAUUGCAAUGAGGGACUGAAGUGUUAUAAAACGUACGGACGCUACAGCCGCAGUAUCUGGUUGUGGGUCAAGAUAAUUGUGUUUGCUCUCAUUAGUUUUGGAAUAGCAUUCGGAAUGUCAUAUUGGAAGACAAAACGUCGGCAUAACGGCACAGCUCAGUUUUGGAGCUACAGUAUAUUUGGCGAAGUUUGCGUCAGUCUCAUUUUCGCUUCUAUUGCACCUUUCAUCGCCGUACCUUUUGUAUUCGGACGACUAAAUAACAAGCGAAACAUAUCUUGGCUCAAGCCGGUCAAACUCGAAUACGUACGACGAUCUCGCAUACGCUAUAUAUUUCCAAAUUUAUUAAGUAGCAAACGAUGGCCGUCAGUGCUGGCGGUAGGAGGUUAUCUAACCAUAUUUGCAACUGUACCCCUUCUAGUGGUUUUAGGCUUGGUGUUGGAGGGAAAUUCUCAACAAAUUAACGGGCUGAUGUGGGCUUCGAUUUACGGUGCGUGGGUGAUGUGCACUCAUACAAUAUCGUUUCUCAUAGCAUUUGCUUGGACCACAGUACAUAUUCUGAAGCCGGUUUGCUCAUUGAAACAAGCUGUGAAUCUCAUUGAUCGACCUGAAUCGGCAAAGUAACUGGCGAUUAAAUAGUAUACUAUUACUUAUUGGAAAAUUUAUCAUACAAUUGUACCAUAUAACUUGCCUUGUGUUUGAAGCAGACUUAUAAGUUGCUGCGAUGGGAAGUAAUGAUCGAACUAGACGUUCGAUGGAAUCUUUUAACGAAGCAAAUCUGGUUGAUGCCACAUUUACCGCAUAUAAAUUCGAUCGAUGUGAGUUCCGUUACCUCUUACCUGAGCUCCCAGGUCGACUAAUUCGGUGGAGAUUAACACUGGCCUACUGAAAUGUGGUGAAGCACUGGUGUCCCAAGUUACUUUCUCGUAGCUGACAAUGAAAAAAGUCUGUUAUCUCAAUCCUCAGCAUGGAGUUGCCGUGUGUAAGCUGUUUAUUUGGCAGAACUGUUCACAAUGACUAUAAAUAGUUAAUUUGGGAUCCAUAUUCUCGGAUACUAUUGUUUUAAUAACUGCAUUGUAUGUGCUAAGUCUCCAGGAGGGUUGGCAACCACAUAAACCUCUCUAUCAGUCACAUGACAUAUGUAAAUAAAAACUCGAUACAAAAGGA